CUCUUUUCUUGUAGGGAUAUGUAUCAUUUUAACUUAUUGGGCCUUAAGAAAAGUUUGUUUGUUUUCUGUUUUGUCCCCCCCCCCCUUAAUUACCUUUUGAUGAUUCUCUUGAGUUCUGUGUUUGGGCAUCAAAUUUUCUGUUCAGGUCUGGUCUUUUCUUUACAAAUGCUUGGAAUUCUUCUAUUUUAUUAAAUGACUACACUUUCCCCUGUAAGAAUAUAGACAGUUCUGCUGGGUAGUUGAUUCUUGGUUGUAGACCUAGUUCCCUUGCUUUAUGGAAUAUCAUAUUCCAUGCCUUUUGGUCCUUCAGUGUAGAUGCAGGCAGAUUCUGUGUUAUCCUCACUGUAGUUCCAUGGUAUCUGAAUGAGUUCUUCUUAGGUGCUUGUUAUAUUUUUCUUGGUCUGGUAGUUCUUGAAUUUGGCUAUAACAUUCCUGGAUGUUGUCAGUUGGGGAUUAAGUAUAGGAGGUGAUCUGUGGAUUCUUGCAGUCUCCACUUUUCCCUCUUGUUCUAGAAUGUCAGGGCAGUUUUCUUGGAUAAUUUCCUGUAGGAUGAUAUCCAAGCUUUUCCUUUUGUCAUGGUCUUCCCAUAGACCAAUGAUUCUUAAGUUGUUUCUCCUGGAAUGAUUCUCUAAAUCUCCUGUUUUGUGAAUGCGAUUCUUCAUAUUUUCCUCAAUUUUUUUUCUUUCUUUUGAUUUUGUUUUAUAGUUUCCUGCUGCCUUGUGAAGUCACUUGUUUCUAAUUGCUGUAUUCUGGUUUUUAAAGACUGAAUUUCAUCCCUGGCUUUUUGGUCAUCCUUCUCCUUCUGGUCUGAUUUUCUUUGGAGGUCAGCUUUCAUCUUCUUUGCCUCAUCUUUCAUUUUCUUUGCCUCAUCCUUCAUCUCCUUUGCCUCAUUUUCAAGCUGAUUAAUUUUGGCUUUCAAGACACUAUUUUCUCAUUUUAGUCCAAGUGCCUCUGUUUCCAGAUGACUUAUCUUGCUUUUUAAGUUCUUUCCCCAGUUGUCUUCAGCCUCUCUUAAUUGUGUUUUGAAUUGUAUUUUGAGUUCUUCAAAAGCCUGUGUCCAAUUCGCUGGAGUUUCUUUGUUUUUUCUUGGUGUUCCUUGAUCCUCCUUUGUUACAUUUGCUCUUUGUUCAUUGCCUGGAUAGAAGCUGUCAAUUAUAAUUUCUGUUUUCUUUUUCUGUUAUUUGCUCAUAUUUGCUCCUUCUUUUCCCCUUGUAGUUGCCUGCACUUUUGCUCCUCUUGUUGUGUGCUGGAUCUGUGAGUUUGGGCUUUUCUGUCAGCCUUCACCCUUGGAGCUUAACAAGGCACUCAGAGCAGUCUGUGGGGGAGGGGUGUUGGAGCUUGAGCUCUGAAGGCUUGAUGAGAUUAAGCCCAGCUGAGUUGAACUUGCAGUGAUGGAUAUGCCUGAGGCCAAAACCUUGAGAAGGGGGGGCGGGGUGAAAUAUGGAGUGUCUCCACUGCUGUGACUAGGCUGCCUUCUCUGUGCUUCUCCUAGAGCUGCCUCCCAGCUGCCCGUGUUCGGAGCCCUGAGCCUGGCACAACUUUGCCCUCAAGGUACUCCCUCCAGACUAGUGCCCUUGCCUGCCCAGAGAUUCUGGCCACUGCUGGAGGUUCAGUACUGUGGGUGGGGGAGGGGUCCUGGGACCUUCCUUCUUCCUUCCCCUUAAACUCGAGUAUUCUCGAAUUCAUCCUUUUUUGGGGGUGUACCUUUUAAGUUGAGUCCAGCAGGAGGGUUCCUUACCUCUGUUCUGUUGUUAGAUUCAGUUUUCAGUCCCCUAGAAGCAUUGGUUUUUAAUCUGUGAGGGUUUUCAGAGAUCUGAACUUUCAUUGCCUCUACACUGACAUCUUGACUCUGCCCAACUGGAGUAGCUAUUCUGAGGACUCCAUUUGUAGGAAAAAUCCCAAGUAUUAGGGCAAGGACUAUACUGAAGAAAAUGACAGAGCCAGGGGAAACUUAUAGAGAAAAUAAGGAUGGUAGCUGAAUGAAUGAGUGAAUGAACUAAUUAUUAAAUACAUACUAUGUGCUGAGCACUGUAAAUGUUGGAGAUAUAAAUACAAAAGUGACAUCGUCCCUAUCCUCAGAGCUUAAAUUCUAAAAGAGGGUGUCAACAUAUAUAGGUAAGUGUAGGCACAGGCAGAUUGUUUUGGUCUGGGAAGUCACAUGGAUGGAGUUGUAGAAUUGCAAUUCCAAAGACAUAUUCUUUCUGGAGACACUAUUGAUUUAAUUAUGAUUCUACAAGAGGAAGAGGACAGGAUAUGAUUGGGGAAGUUAGGCAUGUGCAGUCAUAGCAGAGCAGAAAUUUGCUGAGGUGAAGAAGUGUGAUCUAAGAGCAAGAGCUGGAUCUGAGAGGAGUAUAUGACAAUCUGCUCUAGAAGAUAUAAAUGGAUAAAAUAAAUCUGGAAAGUAGAAGGGUGUCAAUGGAGGACAAAGAUGCAACAAUUUCUAGACCUGGCCUGAUUUCCCAUAGGACGUGAGAAAAAAAGCAACCAGUCCAGCAAAUAUUUGAACAGUGAUUCUUUGUUUUCUAUAGAGAACCAGGUUUUCACGAAGCCAAGAAGAUGGAAAGAAUAUGGAAUAAAGACAUCAAGAAUGCAGGCAAAUUUGUAAUAAUUGAUCAGGUUAGAGAUAGGGAGAACUUCAGCAGGCACAAUGGAAAGAGAGGAUAGAAAAAGAAAAAGACUGAGAAGUGAUAGGACUGAAUUAGAUAAAGCUAAGGAUAUGGGGACAUGUAGCAGGAGAAGAAAGCUUUAGCUCUCUAAAUCACUGGAAUUAUUGAAGCAGAAUAUAUAAAUUUGCCAAAUACAUGCUGCUUCCUAUAUGGACAUUCUAUUUCCUGAAUAGGAUAGAAAAAAAGAAUAUUUGUGUAAAAAAUCAGAAAUAAAUCAGUUUGAGAGAUAUAAAUAGUUUUGAGAGAAGCUGAGUGAAAGCAGCCUCUCUCAGAGCCAAAAGGACUCAUUGAUUGCUGCAGUGAGUACAUUGUUUCUCAGCACUACUUUAUAUAGGACUUUUUUAGGACUUGAAAAUAUCUCUGAGAAACCUUGUAUCAAAAAACUUUUUUGUGGACUAGGAAACAAUAUUUGUGUCACAUCAAAUAUAGAUGUGAUUUGGGGUUUUUUAAACCUAAGAUGGAGGUUGGUCAUUACAUAUGAGAGGGCUCUAAUUAAUGGCAAAGAGUCAUUGAAAAGCCAAGGAGUUAGAAAAUAGACAACUACAAGAAAAGUUACUCACAGAGGAUGAGACAUCAGAAGCCAGAACACAGAACACGGCAGCUGACAAAGCUGAGAAGCCAACAGAAGCUUAGUUUAUAUGAGACCAGUUCACUAGGAACAAACAGGUUCUGUAGUUGAUGUGGGUAACUGAUUUGAUUUGAGGAAAGGUCUGAUGCUGGGAAGUGACUGGAGAAAGUAGAAUCCUCAGCUGUUUGAAGAACUUACUGGGGAGCUCAGGAGGGUGCCACACUCAAGAAGAGAGCCUGGAGAAAGAAGAGGUUCCUGGUCAUGCUUGUGCUACAGGUUUCUUGGAGUCAUAACAUUUCUUAAUGUGCCACAGUGUAAUAGCUACAGUGAGAAUAUGAAACUUGUCCACAAUAAAGUGUGAGAGAUUACAGGCACCAAACUAGAAGGGAUGAGAGCAGCCUGUGUUAUGUUAAUAAGAAAGUUUCCAGAGAGAUGUGGAAACUGAAGCCCAGAGAGGUGAAGUGACUUGCUGACCACACCACAUGGUGUGGCCAAAGCCGGAAUUUGGAUCCAGGCCUUGUAGUACAAAUCCAGUGCUUUCUUCAUCAGACCCUGUUGCCUCUUCACUGGCAGAAAAAGCUUUUGAUCAGUGACUGAUGAGAAUCAAAGGCCAUGGAUGAAGAUGGACUUGAAUUGCAGCCACAAGAGCCAAACUCGUUUUUUGAUGCAACAGGAGCUGAUGCUACACACAUGGAUGGUGAUCAAAUUGUUGUGGAAGUACAAGAAACUGUUUUUGUUUCAGAUGUGGUGGAUUCAGACAUAACUGUGCAUAACUUUGUCCCUGAUGACCCAGACUCUGUAGUAAUCCAAGAUGUUAUUGAGGACGUUGUUAUAGAGGAUGUUCAGUGCCCAGAUAUCAUGGAAGAAGCAGAUGUGUCUGAAACAGUCAUUAUUCCUGAGCAAGUGCUGGACACAGAUGUAACUGAAGAAGUCUCCUUAGCACAUUGCACUGUUCCUGAUGAUGUUUUAGCCUCUGACAUUACUACAGCAACUAUGUCUAUACCAGAACAUGUAUUGACAAGUGACUCUAUGCAUGUACCCGAUGUUGGACAUGUGGAACAUGUUGUUCAUGACAAUGUUGUAGAAGCAGAAAUUGUCACAGAUCCUCUGACAACUGAUGUAGUUUCAGAAGAAGUAUUGGUAGCAGACUGUGCCUCAGAAGCUGUUAUAGAUGCCAAUGGAAUCCCUGUGGAACAACAAGAUGAUGAUAAAAGCAACUGUGAGGAUUACCUUAUGAUUUCCUUGGAUGAUGCUGGGAAGAUAGAACAUGAUGGCUCCUCUGAAAUCACCAUGGAUGCUGAAUCUGAAAUUGACCCUUGUAAAGUAGAUGGCACUUGCCCUGAAGUCAUCAAAGUUUAUAUUUUUAAGGCUGAUCCUGGAGAAGAUGAUUUAGGUGGUACAGUGGAUAUUGUGGAGAGUGAACCUGAGAAUGAUCAUGGAGUUGGACUACUUGAUCAGAGUAGCAGUAUUCGUGUCCCAAGGGAAAAGAUGGUUUACAUGACUGUAAAUGACUCUCAGCAAGAAGAUGAAGAUUUAAAUGUUGCAGAAAUUGCUGAUGAAGUUUAUAUGGAAGUAAUUGUUGGUGAGGAAGAUGCAGCAGUGGCACAUGAACAACAAAUUGAUGACACUGAAAUAAAAACUUUCAUGCCAAUAGCAUGGGCAGCAGCCUAUGGUAAUAAUACUGAUGGAAUUGAAAACCGGAAUGGCACUGCAAGUGCCCUCUUGCACAUAGAUGAGUCUGCUGGACUUGGCAGACUGGCAAAACAAAAACCAAAGAAGAGGAGAAGACCUGAUUCUAGGCAGUACCAAACAGCAAUAAUUAUUGGCCCUGAUGGUCAUCCAUUGACUGUCUAUCCUUGCAUGAUUUGUGGGAAAAAGUUUAAAUCUAGAGGAUUCUUGAAGAGGCAUAUGAAAAACCAUCCAGAGCACCUUACCAAGAAAAAAUAUCGAUGCACAGACUGUGAUUACACUACUAAUAAAAAAAUUAGUUUACACAACCACCUGGAGAGCCACAAGCUGACCAACAAAACCGAAAAGGCAAUUGAAUGCGAUGAAUGUGGGAAACAUUUCUCUCAUGCUGGAGCUUUGUUUACUCACAAAAUGGUGCAUAAGGAAAAAGGAGCCAACAAAAUGCACAAGUGUAAAUUCUGUGAUUAUGAGACAGCUGAACAAGGGUUAUUGAACCGCCAUCUUCUGGCUGUCCACAGCAAAAACUUUCCUCAUAUUUGUGUGGAAUGUGGCAAAGGUUUCCGUCAUCCGUCAGAGCUCAAGAAACACAUGCGUAUCCAUACUGGUGAGAAGCCAUACCAGUGCCAGUACUGCGAAUAUAGGUCUGCUGACUCUUCUAACUUGAAAACUCACGUAAAGACUAAACACAGUAAAGAGAUGCCAUUCAAGUGUGAGAUUUGUCUUCUGACUUUCUCAGAUACCAAAGAGGUGCAGCAGCAUGCCCUUAUCCACCAAGAAAGCAAAACCCACCAGUGUUUGCAUUGCGACCACAAGAGCUCGAACUCAAGCGAUUUGAAACGACACAUAAUUUCAGUUCACACAAAGGACUACCCCCACAAGUGUGACAUGUGUGAUAAAGGCUUUCAUCGGCCCUCAGAACUCAAGAAACAUGUGGCUGCCCACAAGGGCAAAAAAAUGCACCAGUGUAGACAUUGUGACUUUAAGAUCGCCGAUCCGUUUGUCCUAAGCCGCCACAUUCUCUCUGUUCACACAAAGGAUCUUCCGUUUAGGUGUAAGAGAUGUAGGAAGGGGUUCAGGCAGCAAAAUGAGCUCAAAAAACAUAUGAAGACGCACAGCGGCAGGAAAGUUUACCAGUGUGAGUACUGUGAGUAUAGCACUACAGAUGCCUCAGGCUUUAAGCGGCAUGUUAUUUCCAUUCAUACAAAAGACUAUCCCCAUCGUUGUGAGUACUGCAAGAAAGGGUUUCGGAGACCCUCAGAAAAGAACCAGCACAUCAUGCGACAUCAUAAAGAUGUUGGACUGCCAUAAAAAUUAUUUCACUGACUUAUGUGGAGUGGAAUUGUAAAGAAUAUUGGCCUUGAGACAGUCAAUUCAUUUUAAAGCCAAUCAGUUGUGAUUACAAAAAAAAAUACUGUGCAUUGAUUUAUGCUGUAUACAAAUAGGAUUAUUGCUUCUAGUUGACUUUUUUUUUUUACAUUUUGUUCAAUAGCGUGUUCUGGAUUCUAUUCAGUUUGUUUAAUAAAUGAGGAAAGAUGGCAACAAUAAAGUUGCAUUUAAUAAAGUAAUCCCUGCCUCUAUACUGAAUCUUUCAAUCCUAGUAGUUUUUAUAUUUAUUUAAAUAUUUACCUUGCUUACCUUGUUGGUACUCACCUAAUACCAUUUAACUAAAGGUAAUUUAAGAUUGGUAACUCGAAAAGUGUUCAUGUUGACUCAUUCGUGUCACAAAUUUUAAAGGUAAUUUGCAUUUUCUCAUGAUGAAAUUGUCAUAGACACAUCUAAUAUAUAUAUAUAUACAUAUAAAUAUAUAUGGGAGAUUUUAUUGUCAGAUCUAGCUGUCAUAAUACGGAACUCAUUUAAUUGUCUUGUUUAAUAUCUUAAGAUCACGUGACAACAGAACUUUACACUUAAGCUUUUAAGUCUGUAACAUUACUGAAUGAAAAAGCUGUGGUUUUUAAUUUUCAUUUUUAGCAGGAAAAAUUAUUUGGGGCUUCUUUGGAGUACUUACAUCUUUUGUCAGCACAAAAAACUUUUAAAAAGACAUACUGAAGAGUUUUGCUCAUUACUAUUAUGUCUGCUAUUCUGUCUGUGCUUUUUGUCUUGGAAUGGUUGUGUACUACAAAUGAAACAAUACUAACUACAAAUUUUGGAAUUUGAGAAGAGAUCAUUCCUAUGGCUCAUAGAAUAGUUUGCAACUUUGUAUGUAAGUGUACCCCAAACUUUUUAUGUAUACAUAUAUCUGUGUGUAUUAUUUAUUUUACACAUUUGUACACACAUCCUAAGACAAUGGCUGAGUUAAAAAUGUCAAACUAAAAAGUACUUACUUUAUAAUAAUUCAUGGAAAAUCCAGGGAUGUACAUGAUAGACCUUUUUGUAAAACAUGCUAUUUAGAGAAGAGACCUCAGGUAAAGAAGUAGAAAGAAAAUACAUUCAGUAGUAUUUUUAAAAGAAUAAAGGUAUUUUCAUUAAAAAUAUCUUUACAUAUCUAAAUAGAAUGUUUUUCAUGAUAUUUCAGCUUCAUAUUAUUCCAGAAAGGUAAUUAUCCAUACACAACUAAAUUCAGUUCUGUGAUAUAAGCAGCUUGAGAGAACACUAUGUAUCUAUCUCACCAAGCUAAAGAGUAUGAAGAAGGAACUACAAAUCUCUAUAAUAGAUAAUGGGUACUGAUUACUAUGUAAAUGUAGCAAGUUCAAGUUUUAGUAUACCUGAAACAACCACAGUGGAUGAAAAUGUAAAUGGUUCAACACCUUAGUCAGCACUGAUUUGAAGAUACAACUUUAUUAAGUAACAGAAAGAAGAUCUAAGGCUUUGUGUUGAUUACUAAGUCUUUCGUUGUUUUGUCUUUCAUUGCAAUUGAAUUUUUUAAAGAAACCAGUCUAAGUCAAUCUAAGCAAGGAUACAACAGUAGAUUUCAGACAUUCUUACCCUAAAUUUGCCUGAUACUAAUACAGAUUUUGAGGGGAGGGAAAGAAAUACAGAUAAGUACUCAGAAAUGGCAACUGCCACUUUAUUCAGUUCCCUUCUGUUAGAACUGACAUUUUCUUGGAAGUUUUAAACACCUCUUUCCUAUUCCCUUACCUGCUACGCAUUAAGGCUGAUACCAGUGCUGCCUGUUACUGUCAUGCUGCUCUGUUCUACCUUUGCUGUCUGAUUUCCAUCUUUCAUGAUCUUUCCUUUUAGCCCUAGUAUUUGGAUUCAUUAAAAAUUGUGUAGAAUAUUACCUUUUUAAAAGUAUUUGACAAAUCCCCAAUGUGUUAGAUGAUUUAGUUUGUAAGUUAAAUGCUUCAGGCUGCUAUGAAGUUGGACUGAUGGUGAUCAAAACUAAGAGAUGUUUUCUGGUACUUUAAUGCCCUUCAUACACAUUGCCCCACGUAAUACAUUUCGUUGGUUACUUAUGGUUGUGCAAUCCGUUGCUGUCUAGUAUUGCCCUUGAAAACUAAAUGUUAAUACUUUCAUCACAAUAUUUUCUUUAAAAGUCUCCCCGUUAAUCUUGGUUUUCUUUUAAGCAGUGUAAAAGAACUGAAAGAACAUGCUGUAAAAAUGAAAUUAGCAUAAAAGUAGCCAUUUUAACUAUAUUUUUUUAAAUAAACUGAAAGAUAAAGAACACAACACUUUACACACUUUGUAUUUCUCUUACAUAGUCUGGAAUCAUACACAAUUUUUUUUUAAAGCACAAUAUUGAAACCUUUAAAAGGUAAUUAAGGGUUUGGUCAAGUGGAUUUUGUAAAAUGUAUUCGUCUGUAUAAAGAGAAAAUGAAAUUGUAGUUAUUGUUAUGUACUGACAUUAGUUACAGGAUAGUUUUAAUUCUUAAAACAAUUUGAUUAGCAAAUGCUAUAAAAUGGAUGUUUCAGUUAAAUGUUUUAAAGAGGUACAGAUUUUUACAAGGACAUAAUAUAAGUUAUUGUUCUGUAGAAAUAUCCUAUUAAAUAUUGUAUGUCCCUCCCUCUGUACACUUUGUAAAAAAGUAAAAUACAUAAAAAGAAAAUCAUAUAGGGAAGUGUGACAUUAUUGUAAUUGUGUACUUGAGAAUAACGUGCAAAAAUAAAAAUCAGAAUAUUUUCCUGUUAAUGAAUGUUUAGUCUAUUUGAUACCAGUACUAAGUUAAUGCUUUUUCUUAAGAAAAAAUGUACAGUUUUUGUAAACCUAAUAAACAAAAUACAGUGGAUUAUUUUCAUUUCCCCAUUUCUUAACUCAUUUUGUGCAGUACUGGAAUGCAAAAUGUCAUUGCUUUGAAUUUUUGACUCAAAUGCAAAAUAUUCAGAAUCCUUUAGUUCUGUGAUUUUGCAAGUAAUAUUUUAUAAAAUUUGAGGUAAUUGAUGAGAUCUUUAAUGAGUUAUGUCCUUAAAAUUCAUUUGUGGGUUCCUCCCACGCCCCCCCCCCCAUUAGGAUUUUGUUUCACUAGCAGCCACUGAGAGGAAAAAGAUGAGAAGAAAAAUAUUGUAUAGACUAGUGCCACAAUGUCCAGAAAGCUAUUUUUGAAAGCAUUUAGAAUCUUAUUUUGCCAUAAGUCUACAACACAUUGAAUCAGUGUUUAAUUUCAUGAGCCUUCAUUUUGUCAAUAGCAGAAAACAUUCCAUGACAUGCUUGUCAUUCAAAUGAUUAGUCUAAUGAAGGGCUGACUAGUCAUUGUCAAGUUAAGUUAUAAGUAAGAAGUUAGCUAGCAGGCAUCCAAAUAGCAACCCUAACAAGAUAAGAAAAAGGUGACAUUUACUAACAUUCAGAGACUAGAAAGUAGUAAUCAAGCCUUGAUUAUCUAAUGCAUUAUCUGAUUAUGGAGAAAAUGUUUUUCAAAGAAAGAACAUACUUAAUAAUUGAAAUUACCAUUCAAAACAGUUAACUGGAACAAAAUACAGUAAUUGUUAACUUAUUUGAAGUUGUGAAACAUAAAAACCAUAGCAAUCCAGGAUUUAGCUCAUUUUAACAAGACAGCUAAUAAAUAGAACUAGCCAUCUCUUGAGUUUUUAAAUUGUCCAUUUUUCUCUUUAUCCUUUGGGUAUCAUUAACAGCUCUUAUUUUUUCCCCUUAAUUUUGAAAGGAAAAGCAUUGUGCCCCAGUAAGGUUUGGGCCAUGGCACAUUUGACAGAGCACUGGUAGAAAAUAAGUAUCACUAGUCUGACAUUUCAUUGUUUGGGACAUAGAAGGGAAAGUAUUAUAAGACAUCAGAAUAAAAAAGUGGAGGUGAAACAGCUUGAAAAGUUUGAACCUCACAUAUUUAUGGAAAGAUUAACAGAUCUCUUCUAUUUCAUAAAUUUUAUAUAGCCUCUGAUAUGUUACAUUCCUCAAAGGGUAUAUAGACAGGUCAACUAAGUAAAAGGUAAAGACAACGCUUUUGUUUUAUUUUUUGACUACCCGUAGGGGUACUUUAAAGUUCUUAAAUGAAAAAUAAAACGUGCUUUCCACCUUUUGCAAUUGUGUAGGUAAGGUCAAGGUAAAGUUUGCCCUUUUGGUUUUAUGUUACUUUAUGUUCCAUCAUGUAUAUAUUGUUUGUUUUGUUUAUAAAGUAAUUCUUGAAUUUGUUACAUAUUGUUCUUUGUUCUUUUGACAUCUUUGCUAUUGUUUGUAAAUAAAUUCCUAUUUUGUUUUAAGCUA